CCAGCCCAUUGGGUGAAAGCCUGCAAACCAGGCAAAACAAAAAAAAAAAAAGUCAAAAUUCGGUCUAUUUCACUCACGCCUUGGGACAUUUGCCCUUUAUUUGACGAUCCACAUCCUCCCCACUCCUCUUUUUUCCUUUGCAGAUAAUGACCGCACAGAAAGAUUGCAUUGCUGACGCUGGAAAGACGGCGGCUAUUUCCGGUGGUCUUGGCUUGGUGGUAUCGGCCAUGCAGAACACUGUACAAAAACACACAGAAGGUGCCAAAGGCGUGUUCACCCGAACAGGUGGCACCAUUGCAUUCUUCGCUGCCAUGGGUGGUAUUUUUACGAUUGGUGAAUGCGCCAGCAGAAACAUUCGUGGAGAAGACGACGCCGUCAACGCCGCCGUUGGUGGUUGUGCAGCAGGCCUGUUGGCCGGUGUCAAGACGCAUUCGAUUGCCAAGAUGUGUGCUGCGUGUGCUGGUAUUGGUGGUACGAUGUUCGCAUACGAAUAUUCAGGUCAACUCAAGGGUGCUCUUGUGGACCACACACCCGAAGAGCGAAAGGAACACCGCGAUGCGUUUUUCAAGAACUACAAAAAGGCCGAUGAGGCCACUCAAGCAUAAAGAUCUAGAAUAUAUAAAACACGAAACAUUAAAAAAAACACGCAAAAAGGUUGCCAUACCCGAUUCUUGAAAGAGACCAAAAAAAAUAUGUUGUCCAUGAUAAUUCAUGUUUCUUGUUUGUCCUUCCCCCCUGCCUUGCAAUGGAAUAGACGCAUGGAUUAUUUGCUGGAGGGGAAUCCAUGGAAAUAGUAUCACGAGGAGACCGUUGUUAUGGUAGAGUGAAUUGAGCCAAAUUUAGCAUAAUGAAUCGAUGGAUGAAUGAAUCAGACAGCGGGAAA